GGUGAUGCGAGAGAUGGGGAGCGGCUGUCAAUACAGAUGAGCCUUCCCUUGCUCCAUGCCACGUGUGCGCCCACCCCUCGUAAGUUUCAUGGAAGACAGUUUCAACACGCACGGGGAGUGGGGUGGGGGAUUGGCCGAGCUCUGCGGCUGUCCCUAACAGGCUGGGAACCAGUACCAGUUCGCUGCUGGGGAGUUGGGGACCGCAGGCUUGAGGGGUGGGGAUUCAGCAGUGAACAGGAUGGACAAUACUCCCCUCUCUCAUGGAGCCGACAGUCUGACUGAGGAGCUGGAUAAACGAGUUUAUGAAUAAGGUAAUUUCGGAGAGCGAUAAGGUGUAGUGGACACAUCAAAGGAGGUCCUGUGAAGGCCGGGGGAGGUGGGUCCUUAGGUAGGUGGGCAGGGUCGGCCUCCCCACCUAAGGUGGCAUUGGAGCUGAGACCUUACUCAGAAGUGGGCCUUGCUGAGAUCUGAGGGAAUAGGUUCCAGGGGCAGGAACAGCAAGUGCAAAGCUCCUGAGGCAGGGAUGAGCUGGUGUGGUGCAGGCCAGGGUGGCUGGAGCACAGUGGGCGAGAGGAGAGGGCUCAAAGGGACAUCAGAGAAUUCAGCAGGGGCCACAUCAUGCAUGGAUUUGUAGCCCAUGGUGAGAAGUUUGUAUUUUAUUCCAAAUUACAUAAGAAGCUGGAGGAGGGUGUUAAGCUGCUGUGGGAGGCAUGAGCUGAAUUAUCUUUUAAAAACUCAUUCUGGGUUCUAUGGAGAAUCAUAAUAGCUAACACCGGCUAUGACAUAGGUAGGCAUAUGAAGUAUUAUCCUAUUUGUAGAUGGGGAGGCUCAGAGAGGUUAAGUGAGUGCCCUAAGGUCACACAGCUACGGACAGGAGAAGCUGAAGUGGAACCCCAGCACUCUGGCGCUAGUCUGUGUUCUAGCCACUGCACAGCUGGUGACCGACUCCAGUUCUGACUCCAGAGUUCAUCCUCUUAACCUCCACAGCAUGCUUGCCCAGAGCCUGUCCUCCUGGGUCCCCGGCUGCUCUUGUCAUAGCAGGGCCCGGGAAUUGGGCUCUCUAUAGACUUUGGGAUCAGAACUGGGUUCUGACUGUCACUAUAAGAUACCCUUGUCCUAGGGCAGCCAUGGGAAUGGUGUGAGAAAAUGAACUGAAAGUGCUCGGCUCACCACCUGCACACGGUAAAUGGUCAGUUAACAUCAGCUUUUAUUUUUUAGCACAAUCGAUACUGGGACUCAGGAGUCAGACUGCCCGAGUUCAAGUCCCUCCUCUGUCACUUACAAAUGGUGUCACCUUGGGCAAAUGUCUUCACCUGUCUGUGCCUCUGUGCAUGCAAGUUGGUUGGAAGUGAAAAGUGGCUUGGAGAGUUGAGGAAGACGUACAGGAAUUAGUCAGGCCCCCUCUCACACUAGCUGAAGCAAAACAAGAGUCUUAAUGGCUUCAGGUGCGGUUGGAUCCAGAGGCUCAGACAAUGUCUGGAAUUCCUCAGGCAGAGGACGCCCCCAGCUGCUGCAGGCAGGUAAACCAGCAGCUCGGCAGCCCGAACCCCCAGUGAGCAAACACCCUUAGGCUGACUGUCACUGGCCCAGGUUCAGCCGGGUGGCAUUCACCUCUGCCCAGGGCCCGGGAAUCUGCUCAUCGAUCGGAUCCGGGUCAUGGACACAAUCCUGGGGCUGGGCGCUGGGGGCAGAGGUGGGGACCAUCAUCUCCACCCAAACCAGGAGAACUGGGACAACAGGAAAGGAAGCAAUGGAUGCUAAAUAGCAGGCGUGUAUGACUGCAGGCUCCCUGGGGAGGUGACACGGGAUCUGGGACUGAAGAGGGAGAGUAGGGGAACAAAGGGACCCUUUCUCAGGGGAACAAGAGUGGUGCAAGCCGAAGGACCAGCAGGUGCAGAGGCGGAGCAGCGUGAGGGUGUGUGCUGUGUGCUGGGAGCAAAGGUGUCCCGACUUCUUCGGGGCUCUCCUUUCUAGCUCCUUGGGACAGUGUCACUUCCCCGUGCUUUGUCCCUUGAUGUUUUCCUGACAGCUCUUUCCCCUCAGCCUCCGCCCCUGCCCCGCGGCUGUGUCCCACCCCACCACCUAUCUCUGAUCGGCCUUUCUUGCUAGUGGGUCAGUGCAGCAAAGUCCUUAAGUACAUGGAUUUGGGAGUCCUGUGGGUCGCCAUUUCCAUCCUGAUCCUGUUGCCUCCCAGCCAUGAGAACACUCUGCGCCUUGCUUUCCCCGUCUGUGAAAUGGGAUAGUUGUAGCUGUAUCGGUACCGCUGAGGGUUGCUAUGAGGACGAACUGCGAGAAGGCACGCUGUCCCCCACCUGUCCUGCCCCUGUGUGCUUCUGUGUCUUUGCUGGGUGGCCUCACCUUUGGAUAUGAACUGGCGGUCAUCUCGGGCGCCCUGUUGCCACUGCAGCUUGACUUCAGCCUCAGCUGCUCGGAGCAGGAGCUCCUGGUGGGCAGCCUGCUGCUGGGGGCCCUCCUCGCCUCCCUGGUGGGGGGCUUCCUCAUUGACCGCUACGGCAGGAAACAGGCCAUCCUGGGCAGCAACUUGGUGCUGCUGGCGGGGAGCCUGGACCUGGGCCUGGCUGGCUCCCUGGCCUGGCUGCUCCUGGGCCGCUCGGUGGUUGGCUUUGCCAUCUCCCUCUCCUCCAUGGCCUGCUGCAUCUAUGUGUCGGAGCUGGUGGGGCCGUGGCAGCGGGGAGUGCUGGUGUCCCUGUACGAGGCAGGUAUCACCGUAGGCGUCCUGCUCUCCUACGCCCUCAACUAUGCGCUGGCCGGUGCCCCCUGGGGGUGGAGGCACAUGUUCGGCUGGGCCGCGGCGCCUGCUCUCCUGCAGUCCGUCAGCCUCCUCUUCCUCCCUGCGGGUGCAGGCGAGACUGCAGCGCACAAGGACCUCAUCCCACUCCAGGGAGGCGAGGCCCCCAGGCCGGGCCCGGGCAGGCUGCGCUAUUCCUUUCUGGACCUCUUCAGGGCCCGGGAUAACAUGCGAGGCCGGACCGCGGUGGGCCUGGGGCUGGUGCUUUUCCAGCAGCUGACGGGGCAGCCCAACGUGCUGUGCUACGCCUCCACCGUCUUCCAGGCGGUCGGCUUCCGAGGGGGAUCCUCAGCCGUGCUGGCCUCCGUGGGGCUGGGCGCCGUGAAGGUGGCGGCCACCCUGACCGCCAUGGGGCUGGUGGACCGCGCGGGCCGCAGGGCCCUGCUGCUAGCCGGCUGUGCCCUCAUGGCCCUGUCGGUGAGCGGCAUAGGCCUGGUCAGCUUUGCCGUGCCCAUGCACGCGGGCCCCAGCUGCAUGGCCGCGCCCAACGCCACCGGGCGGACGGGCCUCCCUGCAGACCCUGGCCUGCCGAAGGGCUCACCUCCCCCUCCAGUGCCGAGCGCCCGGGAGGACCACAGGGAGCCAGUCUUGUCAACCAAGCCCCACUCCGGAGCUGGAGGCCCCUCGGCCUGGCCCCUGCCAGCGUCCCCGCCCGCCGCCCCGGGGCCCGCGCUGCUGCGCUGGGCGGCGCUUGUCUGCCUCAUGCUCUUCGUCAGCGCCUUCUCCUUCGGAUUCGGACCCGUGACCUGGCUUGUCCUCAGCGAGAUCUACCCCGCGGAGAUCCGAGGGAGAGCCUUCGCCUUCUGCAACAGCUUCAACUGGGCCACCAACCUCUUCAUCAGCCUCUCCUUCCUCCACCUCAUCGGUGCCAUCGGCUUGUCCUGGACCUUCCUGCUGUACGGACUGACCGCUGUUCUCGGCCUGGGCUUCAUUUAUUUAUUCGUUCCCGAAACAAAAGGCCAGUCGUUGGCGGAGAUAGACCAGCAGUUCCAGAAGAGACGGUUUGCCCUGAGGUUUGGCCGCGGGCAGCACUCAGCUGGCAUCCAGUACAGCCGCAUCCAGGUCUCUGUGGCCCCCUGAGGAGUUCGCCUGCCUGGAAAUCCCUGCGCCGUGGCCUUACAGACCAUCCCAGCUGCCUGCUCCCCGGGCCCUGGAGCACAAGUUCCAGGUGGUCCUGUGUGAGUGGCUACACCCCCCAAAGGAGGUCUUUUUUUGCUAGGGGUGAGAGGAAGCACAGUCUGAGAACUCCAAACUCUUCAUUUUGAGUCUCAUACCCUGAGGGUUCCUGGGGAUCUAGCAUCAUGCCUCAGUUUCCCCACUGACUUUACACAUCUUUGCAGUAUUUAGGACAAGAACAACUUAUAGAGUCUUCGUUGCACCAUCGACUUUCUCAAAGAAUCUCUAGGGUACCGGUCCUGGGAAGAAGUCUCCCCUUAAUCCAACUGAGGAUAUCAUGUUUUCUACUCUCUUUUUUCAUCUUGCUGGGACAUUUUGGUGAAGGGUAGCCCCGCUUUUGGACUCUUGUUUCUGAGUUUUGUUCAACCCCUCUAAUUCUCUUAUGCAGAAUAUUUAUUCUUCACCAGCACCUGUGGUGGAGACCCGAGUGCCCGUUCUGGCCCUGCUGGUGUCGUUGCCCUCUGACUGGGGCCUCGUCCCUUCUGUGUCAGCGGGGAGGCCUGGGCCAGGCCGUUCUUAAGAUCUGCGAUGAGCUGGAAUUCUAAAUGCUGGUGGCACAACAAAUAUUCACAUGGGCCCCAUCCUCAAGUUGCUGGGUACCUCUUUAAGGGAUGUAAGUUUUAAUCAGUAGGAAAGGUAAGUAGGAUUCCAGAGUUGUGCAUACUGACCUCCAAGAACCAGCACAGCACACAUGCACAAGCGCCAGGAGCUGUCCCCAGGGUGUGCAGGAUGGCUCUGCAGAAAGGACAUGGGUUUGGAGGCCAACAAACCUGGGAGUCGGGGCUGCCUCUGCCUUUGGCAGCCAUUGACCUUGGGUGAGUAAUACCUCCCGCAAACCAGUUUCCUCGGCUGUAGAAUGGGGGCAAUUAUGUUCCUAAGGAUGUGUUCCACCCCUGACUCCCUUCAGGGGGUCCUAGCUGGUCCGGGGCCUGGGGGAUUUCUGCUCAGCCUCUGUUACCCAGGUCCCCACUGUUGGGAUGUUAUAAAAGGUCAGUCCUCAAAGAGUGAGUCGGAUGGAGACUAAGCAAGUGGCUGAGGCUGGCGGUCACUUAAGGAAGGGGCUGACAAGAAGGAGCCCCCAGAUGCCGAGGGGAAUGAGGAGCUAAAAUAGAUCCUGGGGGCCGGUGUUGGACCGUCCCGUGGUGGCCGGAGCUGGCUAUGCCGGCUUGUGAGAGCUCACUCACAUUUUCAGGAUUUUUACGAGCUAGUUGUUAAACACAGCCGUCAUAGCAAAUUAAAUGGCUUAGACUUAUCAUUAAAUAAAUUAUAUUAAAACAAAGGUAAUACUGAAAAAUCAAUACCUCUUAAUCCUUUGUGCCUUUCUAUUAUCUGUGCCCUGGGGUUUAUCUACAUGUAGAGUGUCUUACGGGGCCUCGGGGAGACACCACACACCUCUUCCCGGUGCUGUGCUCAGUGAGGUCACGGAGGUUGCUGGUGGCUUCGCUGGCGAUGGGAGAGCAUUUAUGCCACAGAGAUUAGAGAGCAUUACAGAUCAGGGCUUUAUUUAUUGUUCUCUUGAUUUUCUAGACUUGAGAACAUGCCGGAUAAAAUGGUAGUAAUGCAAAUUAAACUUUAAAAUGUGUCUUGUUUGUAGCCAAUUCUUUGUGAAUAACACAAAAAAUUGCGGGGAUGUUCUCUCAGCGUUUGAACACUGCUAUCCGGUUCUGCAGACAUUUGCCCGUGUCAUUGAAGAAGGGGCUCUAACAUACAUCUUUAUUGCUUUACUUUUGUCUUCCUUGUGAAUGUAAACAAAUAUUCCAACCAGCACUCAUGCCAGACCUAACCUUGUUCUUCGGUGCUGAGCUAUAUAGUUAGCUAUCAGGCAUUAUUCAUGGUCUAAUUUUGUCAAAUGAUGACUAAAGUGCAGUGAGAGUUGACUUUGGAUACAAGUGUUUGGCCAAAAAAAUCAACAAAAGCAUUCUGUAAGAGUUCAUUGGCUGUAUGGAAUUUAUAAUAAAGAGUG